ACCGGAACGACCCGCGUUGCGGUAGUCCCAUGUUAUAUAUAUAUAUAUAUCGAAAAUUCAAACCGACCAAAUUGUUGUUUUCUUUUAAAUUUUCGCGAAGCAAGAAAAUUCGCCAGCUCGAGACACCACAAUCCGAAUUAACGGAAAAAAAAUAAGAGGAAGAAAAGUAGCCGGAAAAAUAGAAAAAAAAAGAGAGAGAGAGAGAGAGAAAAAACAGUUCUGUGAUUACCAUUAGUUGUGGAAAAGUUUCAAUUUGAAUCAAUUUUCAUCAAUCGGAUAUAAAGCAUUGUUUCAUCAAUUCCGUUCAGUUCAAAACUGCUUAACGUUAAUCGUGCGGUAAACUUUGGUGUAAAACAGAACAAGAAGAAGGGCGGAAAACAUAGACAGCAUUUAAAAAGCGAUAACACGCGGAACACGAGAAAAAUAAAACAGAAUAAUAAAAAUACUUUCACGAGAGCAACUCUUUUUCGUUAAUUUGCCAUUAAACAGCAGUUGCUGGAAUUCACAAGUCGGGUUUGCUCGUCUCUUUCAAACGGUCAAUCGGUUCAGCUGACACAUCAAACAUAAAAUUGUUUACAGUCACACACAGAAAAAACGAUAACAAUAAUCAAAAUGACACAACGUCAACGGCAGUGGGGCAUAGUGGUGCUCCUGAUAGGCAUUUGCGUGAUUGGCACAUCAGCUCAAGGAUCAACAUUUAAGUGUCCAGAAGAAGGAUAUCAAGCCGAUCCACAGGACUGCACAAAAUUCUAUCGUUGUGUAAAAGAAGAAUCGGAAAAAUUGAAAGCGUAUGAAUUUAAUUGCGGACCAGGAACGGUGUUUUCCAAAAUUACUGAUAAUUGCGUUUAUCCCGAAGACUCGGGCCGACCAGAAUGUGCUGAUGUUGCAACAAAUGUCAUCGGUACCGGUGAUUCAGAAAGUGGUCAGCAACAACAGCAACAACAGCAACAACAACAACAGCAACAACAACAGUCCACUGGAACGACACCAACGCCAACGACACCCAAACCAACUACCACAGCAGCACCACCAACCACAUCGAAGGCACCAAGCAGCAAAGUCAAGUGCACACAAGAAGGUUUUAUGGGCGAUCCAAACGAUUGCAGCAAAUUCUAUCGGUGCGUUGACAAUGGAAACGGUGGAUUUAUUAAAUAUGACUUCACAUGCGGACCAGGCACUGUUUGGGAUCAAGAAAUUCAAGGAUGUAACCAUGCAUGGGCGGUGAAAAACUGUGGCGGUUCUCAAGUAGCAAGCGAUAGUUCGUCGAAUCAGCAAUCGUCUAGCAGCAAUUCGCAAAGCUCCUCCAGUUCAUCGAGCAACUCAUGGCAAGAACAAUCACAAUCAAGCAGUACUCAAUCACAACAAUCGUCUUCAUCAAGCCAAAGUAGCAGCAGUUCAUCAUCGUCAUCAUCGCAAAGUCAGAACAGUCAAAACAGCCAGAACAACCAGAACAGCCAAAAUAGUCAAAAUCAACAAUCAUCAUCAGGCUCGUCAUCCGGAUCAGGUAGCUCCAACCAAAAUUCACAAAAUCAAAACAAUCAAAACGGAGGAAGUCAAUCACAAGAAAACAAUUCAGGCUCUGGUUCCGGAUCAGGCAGCUCCUCAUCUUCUUCACAAAGCCAAAACAAUCAAAAUGAAAGCCAAAACCAACAGAGCGAAUCGAAUUCGGGCAGCAGUAGCGGAAGUUCAUCAUCGUCAUCUCAAUCACAAAAUCAGGGCGGAUCAUCUGGUGAUUGUAAAAAGGAAGGAUUCUUCGCUAAUCCAAAAGACUGUAGGAAAUUCUACCGAUGUGUAGAUAAUGGCAAAGGCGGAUAUACUAAAUAAUGGAGGAAGUCAGUCACAGCAAUCCGGAUCGAACUCAGGUAGCGGAAGUGGAAGUUCAUCCUCUUCGUCACAAAAUCAAAACAAUCAAAACGGAGGAAGUCAAUCACAGGAAAACCAUUCAGGCUCUAGUUCCGGAUCAGGCAGCUCCUCAUCUUCAUCCCAGAACCAAAACAAUCAAAAUGGUAGUCAAAACCAGCAAAGCGGAUCAAACUCUGGUAGUAGUAGUGGUAGUUCCUCAUCUUCAUCCCAGAACCAAAACAAUCAAAAUGGUAGUCAAAACCAAUCAAACCAAUCAAAUUCAGGUAGUAGUAGUGGUAGCUCCUCAUCAUCAUCACAGAACCAAGAAUCAAACCAAUCAAAUCAGUCGAACCAAAAUCAAGGCUCAUCACAAAAUCAAAAUCAAAAUCAAGGUUCACAAAAUCAAGAGACUUCAAACCAAAACCAAGGCUCUCAAUCAUCACAAUCUAGUAACCAAAGUGGAGGCGGUUCAGGUCAAGAUAAAUGCACCCAAGAAGGAUUUAUUCCAAACAGUGAAGACUGCAGCAAAUUCUAUCGAUGUGUUGACAAUGGAAAGGGUGGUUAUACCAAAUAUGAAUUUACUUGCGGUCCUGGUACUGUUUGGGAUCAAGAAAUCUUAGGUUGCAAUUAUCCAUCAAGCAGCAAUGCAGGCAAUUGUAAAACCACUCAAACCACACCUCAACCAGGAGGCUCAACAACAGGAUCGUCUCAAACGACAGAUGCCACAACCGGAACACCACAGUCAACCCAAUCGUCUGGCUCACCACAAACAACACAAUCGACAACCCCAUCUAGCACGACGACUCCAUGUGGCACGACGACCCCAUCUGGCACGACGACUCCAUGUGGCACGACGACUCCAUCUGGCACGACAACUGCAAAGCCCACUAGCUCACCAAGCAAUGAUAAAUGCGAGAAAGAAGGUUUCAUGGCUGACAGCAGCAACUGCAAGAAAUUCUACCGUUGUGUUGACAAUGGAAAGGGUGGCUAUACCAAAUACGACUUCGAUUGUCCAGAAGGAACUGCUUGGAGUCAAGAGUUGGAAACUUGUGAUUAUGCUGACAGCGUUUCUGGAUGUGCUGGUAAAUCGGAAACGACUACAUCAUCUGGCUCUACCACACAAAAAACGACCAGUGCUCCUCAAACAACAGGAAGCUCAACACAAGGAAGCACAACACAAGCAACAUCAACAACCACAUCAAAACCAGCACCAAACGAUGGAGUGUGUCGACAAGAAGGUUUCAUUGGAGACGAAAAAGACUGUCAUAAAUUCCAUCGAUGCGUUGACAAUGGAAAUGGUGGCCUAACACGAUACGAUUUCAACUGUGCUGAAGGAACCGCCUGGAAUAGUGAAUUGACCACUUGCGACCAUGAAGCCAAUGUUAAUUGUGCAUCAUCAAAUGGUACAACUCAAGCACCAUCUCCAUGCAAUACAACAACCGAAGCCAGUACAACAGAAUCAACAACGCCAACCACAACUGAGUCAACCACUACCACUGAGUCAACCACUCAGAGUACAACCGAGUCAACUACUCAAAGUACAACCGAGUCAACCACUCAGAGUACAACCGAGUCAACAACUCAAAGUACAACCGAGUCAACAACUCAAUCUACCACCGAGUCGACAACUCAAAGUACAACCGAGUCAACCACUCAAAGUACAACCGAGUCGACGACCGCCUCUACAACAGAGGAAUCAACAACAGCUGCUACAACUGAGUCGACAACAACGACUACCGAAUCCACGACAGCUUCUACGACUGAAUCGACAACCACAACUACAGAGGAAUCAACUACAGCUUCAACAACUGAGGGUACAACGGAAACACCACCAACAACAACCAACAGCCCACCAAAACAAGGAAACUCAUCAUGUCCCGAAACGGGACCAGACCAAGGCGUAUAUGUGUGUCCAAGUGCAUUCAGACAAGAUCCAAAAGACUGUAACAUGUUCUAUCAAUGUACACAAGCUGAUAGCAGCGAUGACAUGACCAUCACCAAAUUUACUUGCCCACCAAACACAUCGUACAACGAAAAAGAAUGUAAAUGCGUUAAAUCGGACAGCUGUCCCAGCAACAGUGCAAGAUCGUUGAAAUAUUUAAUUGAUCCGCGAACCAUGAUUAUGGUUUCGGACGAACCAUUGUGCCCAUCAGCUGGAUUGCAUCCAUUCAUGAAUGAUGAGUGUGGACCGGCUUUCAUCAAAUGCGCACGUAAAACUGGCCGAAAUGAACUCGAAGGUACGGUAUACAAGUGCCCUGAAGGAUAUGUCUAUUGGAAAGUGAGCAAACGUUGUGAACGUCCCGAAAAGCUUCCAAAAUGUCAGAAAACCAAACUUCUUCGCACCAAUAGCAUUCCAACCGAAUGGAUUAACCUUGGCAAAGCACGAAAAUUGAGAAUAUAAAUUUUGGAACGGGGAAUUUUUUUUUCUUCGUCGAAUGAGAAAAAGAAAACAGAACAACAGCAAAAACAUAUUUCUUAGUUAAUUGUAAUUUAAUUAUUAAUGGUCAUAAGCAAAAACGAACUGAUAUAGCGUUGAAAGUAUUGUAUUUAUUUAGAAUUAGGUAAUUAGGGAAGGAAACAUGCAAACAGAGAUGUUUGCGCUGAAAUGAUUUUGUUGGGUUUAACUUAUUCAAAAUUCAUGACCACCACUACGCCCCAACCCUCAAGAAUUGUAGGCUUAGACAUGUGUAUUCGAUAAAUCAUUGAAUAAGAAUAUUAUUCAAAUUGAUUGCAAAACAGGUUUGCAGCCAUAAAUGAAAAAUUUAUUUUCUAAACAAAUAUUUUGCGGGGAAAUGUCAAUGGAUCGCAUCGCUUUAAGUCGAACAUUUAGAAUUUAAAUCGAAUACUCUCAUUGAAUUAAACAAACUAAAAAGAAAACGAACGAAUUCUCACACAUUGAACUGACCGAGAAAUGAUACGUUAUGGACUUCUUUUUUUUCACGUGAAUCGAAUGGAACAGUGAGUUAAUUAUUUUAAUUAAGCACAUAUUACCAUUCGACCAUGUGCACACACGAUAAAAUGCUUUCAAAAGGAAGAAGAAAAAAACAACAACAAACUGCCGAACAUAUUAUUUAAAAUAACAUCAACAGACAUUUUUGUAAAACAUAGUAGGUUCGAGCGUAGCUAGACAUAAAAUCUAUUGUAAUAAAUCGAAAAUCGACAAAUAAAAUCUUACAAAAUAAAUAAGCCGACUAGUUUAUUUACUUUAUGAAA